UAUAAUUCACCGCAGAUUCUUUCUGCUGUGCUAAUUUGUUUUGCUCCUAUUUAUUUUUUAUUUCUAAGUUAUAAAGUCCGUUCAAACGUCUUCAUCUCGCUGGAACCAAAUUCGGGAACUUUGAACGUUUUUCUUGUCGUACUUGUCCGUAGCCCCGCCCACACAUUCCUCCGUCUGUCUCUGGGCUCCGAGGAGGAGGUGGAGGCAAGAAAAACCAAAAAACAAGAGACCCUAGAAAACUGUUUGAGGACUCAGAACCAGCGAGGAGAUGAUCCUAAACAUCAAUGAGAGGAUUUCUCGGUCCGAACCCGACCUGUCGUAGUCUUUGGACGCCGUUGGAUCUGGAAUUUGCGAAAAACUGCAUAGCAACAAGAAGUUUCCUCAGAGGACGUGGGGGGAAAAAUAUCCAAUAUCUAAACGACGGAAGAAGUCAUGGAGAUCCUGGACAGCAGUGAACCGUAUCUAAACUGGGACAGGAACCUGAGCGAGCUGUCCGAGAGCGGGGAGAUCGACUCGGUCCUCUACAACAAUCACUUCUCCGAGCUCCUGGACGACCUUUCCCAGGAUGCCUUGCUGGGUCAGCUCCUCAGCGACCCCUUCCUGUCCGGGGUCAGGGGUGGAGUCGAAGCCAUGGAGGGGGAAGACGGCGGCGAGCUGUCCCCCAGCUCCCCUCAGCCCCCCCACAUCACCGCCGAGCACAGCUACUCGCUGUGCGGGGACAGCCGGCCUCAGUCGCCACUGUCGCACCUCACCGGGGAGCACGGCAGCGACGCCGAAUCGGAUGGAGAUCCGGCUGACUGGGCCAUGGAGCAGGAGGAGGCCAUCGAGAGCCUCCUGUGCGAGGCUCCCUCCCUGCUUCCCACCCUCUCCCUCUCUCUGGCCCCCGGCGAGGGCCCCCCGCCCCCCGAGGGCCCCGCGGCUUUACCUGCCGCGGCACCGCAGACGCCGGUCGGCACCAGCACCCAGAGCAAAGGCGUCAAGGUGAAGGAGGAGAACGUAAUCCCUCAGAUUAAACUGGAACCCCAUGAAGUGGAUCAGUUCCUCAAUCUGUCACCCAAAGGUCUGGAGUCCCUGCAAAUGCCUCCCACCCCCCCCAGCUCCCACGGCAGCGACUCCGAGGGCAGCCAGAGUCCAAUCCACGCCCCGCCCGGCCUCUCCUGCCCCACCUCCCCCACCAGCCCCUCUCCGUGUCAGUCUGGCGUGAAGGCGUCCCCUCGUGCUGUUUCCUCCCUGUCCAACUCCCCGCUCCUCACGGCUCCCCAUAAGCUGCAGGGAUCAGGACCGCUUAUCCUGACUGAGGAAGAGCGCCGCACGCUGGUGGCAGAAGGUUACCCAGUUCCAACCAAACUGCCGCUGACCAAAGCUGAGGAGAAGGCUCUGAAGAAGAUCCGCAGAAAGAUCAAGAACAAGAUUUCAGCUCAGGAAAGUCGCCGGAAGAAAAAGGAGUACAUGGAUUCUCUUGAAAAAAAGGUGGAGACCUGCUCCAAUGAAAACAGCGAUCUGCGCCGGAAAGUGGAGACUCUGGAGAACACGAACAAGACUCUGCUGCAGCAGCUGCAGUCUCUGCAGGCCAUGGUGACAGGAAAACUCCCAAAGUCCUGCCGGGUGGCCGGGACCCAGACCUCCUCCUGCCUCAUGGUGGUGGUGCUGUGUUUUGCUCUGUUUCUGGGGAGUUUUUGUCCGAGCGGUCUGUCUCCGUGUUCAAGCAUCACCGCAACAGGAGCCACCUCCAAACAGAUGGCGGCCAAAGACUCCUUUACCGCCACAGUCAAGUCCAGGAGUCUCCUGUCCACUUUUGAGGAGGAGCAGCCUCAGCUGCUCGGCCUCGGCGGGGAAUAUCCAGAGCAGUGGGAGGACACGUCCGCUGUUGUCAUGGCGGCCUGGCGGCGCUCAGAGCAACAAAAACUGGAGGUGGAGCCGGACGCGCACCUGCCUUUUAGGAACGUCAACGCCACGCAGACGCAGAAAAACCUGCUGCUGGACCUGCACAGGUCGCUGGAGCAGAGGGCCAACGACAGCAGCCGCAAGGUGAUCGAGCUGGAGCGCUCCGUCAACGAGACGUCCUGAGGGUCCCGGGCCCUGCCGAGCGCCGCCCGCUCCGCAGCACGCCCACGGGCCGAGGCCCGCUCCACCCGAUACACUGGAACGGCAGAACCGGGAGGCGCCGGCUGCCUCUCGCUUCUGAGCUCAAGUUGCACUGAUCGUUUCACGAGUCGGCCGCCAGCCUGAAAACGACAAUGUGGCGGAUUUUCCAGACGAAAAGGAAAGGCUGCGAUGGCGUCUGUAUUUAUGGAAACCUUUGAUUUGUCGUUUAAUAUUCUCAUUUCAUUCCAGUUCGUUUUUUUGAUACGGGCCUUUGUUUAUAUCCUGUGUUUUUAUGUCAUCUUCUUUUUUACGCCUCGUUUAUCUUUGAAUCCUCGGCUCCUUCUCGGCGUUCAGACGGAGGAAAGGUCAUUUCACGUCGAACAAACACCGAUGGAUGUUCCCCCUCAACUGUUCUGUUCACGUUCCUUUCAAACUUUUAUAUUUAGUUGAUUCUUUUUGUUCAUUUUAGUUGUAUUUAUGUCAAAGAAAAAGCUUGUUUUUUGUCCUGAAAACUAUUUAUACAUCAGCUGAUAAAUGAUUUUUUUAGGGGAUUGAGCAGAGAAACUUCCAAAGUGAUGCUUUCUUUUGUGGAAAGAAUCUUCUAAACGGAAGUUAAAAUUAAAAUUUGUUUUUUUUCUUUUGUCAGCAUUUACUUAAAAUAUUUAUCCCUUAAGAAUAAAAAACAAAAGCAUGUAUUAUUUUGUAUUUAUGGGAUGUGCAGACUGUCGGAUUGAGUUGAAAUGUAAAUCGCAGCGUCGGGUCGUCUUCAGGUACAGUUGCCAGGAAAAUGCCGACAAAGGAUUCGUUUGCUUUUGGCGCGGCUGCAGAGAACGUUCCAGAUCUGUGGAUUCCUCCGGAAAAGUUCCCUUCCUGGAUCUCUAGAAAGAAAGAGUCCCGUUUUUGCAGCUCCUGCAGCAGCUUAGUCGCUUGUUACGAAUCACGUUUGCUUUUUUUUUGCUUGUUGCUCUUGUGUAAAGCUGGGCUCACCUGACUUUUGUCUCCCCGCUUUUUAUUACUAAUAAAGUAUUUUCCGUAGUAAAAGUA